ACAUGAUUACCUGUAGUGAGAUCGAGAACCAAGACGUCGACUGCAAUCGGCUCUGAGGAUGCGUACAGAAGGCCGUGGAUGGACGCGAUCAGACAAAAUAGCAUCCCGCAUCUUGGAUGAUCAAGAACGGCGUGUUGAAGACAUUCAUACAGGCGCAAUCGAAGCGAGGCACACAAUUCAGCUCUGUCUAGCGCAGGUCUUCGCUAAUUGAUGCUGUGCGACCUAGGACCACCAACAUGCGGCGCGAGUAGCGAAAGUGGGUCUCGAGCAGUGGUUCCGCGACCGGGGUUCGGUGUACUCGAAUAUGCAGCCGUCCUCGAUGUAAAUUCAAACCAGAGCUGCAUAAAAGCACCAGAGUACUGGCGUCAUCCCCAUACCAACAACUGUUCCGAGCUGAGUCUCGCGAGCAGCGUCGUUAUUGCCCUUACAAGCAGUGCGAGCGUCCUUGCUACAACCGGGAGGAUGGCAUUAUUUCUACUGCGGUUGAUCUUACAUAUCAUCAUUGAACCUAUCCAAAGACUGACCCUUCUGUUAAGACUGAUGCUUGGCUCCAAGUUCCUGAACUUGAUGAGCAGAAAGAGGACAUUUGACCGGAUGGUGUGGCUGAACAUCAUUGAUUUCUGAGUAGACAGCCCACGGGGCCUUACGGACGAUAGUAUGCUCAACGACGAAUGUCCGUACUGCCGCUGUCAUUGCUGUUUUGUUAUCUGCUCUGCUGUCUAUUGUUUUCGUUGAAUAUACAGUCUUAUUGCUGAA